GGAUAAUACACACUCCAGCACAGCAGGUGGCGCUGUGCACCUGGAACGCUAGUUGGACCCGCCAUAAAGUGAAGAAGAAGAAGACUCCGGAAGUAGAGGAAGCCGAGGACUACUAUUGAGUUGUCGAGUGUAAACAGAGCCAUGGCCGGUCCAGAGCUCCUGCUGGACUCCAGUAUCCGUUUGUGGGUGGUGCUGCCCAUCGUGGUCAUCACCUUCCUGGUGGGGGUCAUUCGCCAUUACGUCACUCAGCUGCUGCACAGCGACAAGAAGGUGGACUUGGAGCAGGUGUCUGACAGUCAGGUGCUCCUGCGCAGUCGCAUCCUGCGAGAGAAUGGCAAAUACAUCCCCAGACAGUCGUUCACCAUGAGGAAACAUUACUUCAACGAUGCAGAGACAGGAUUCUUCAAGAAGGUCAAGAGGAAGGUCGUCCCCAAAAACCCCAUGACAGACAGCAGCAUGCUGACAGACAUGAUGAAAGGCAACCUGACCAACGUUCUCCCCAUGAUUGUGAUUGGAGGAUGGAUCAACUGGGCCUUCUCUGGAUUUGUCAUAACCAAGGUUCCUUUCCCUCUGACUCUGAGGUUCAAACCCAUGUUGCAGCGUGGCAUCGACCUGCUGACGCUGGAUGCCUCCUGGGUGAGUUCUGCAUCCUGGUACUUCCUCAACGUUUUUGGUCUUAGGAGCAUGUACAGCCUCAUCCUGGGUCAAGACAAUGCGGCUGACCAGUCACGACUCAUGCAGGACCAGAUGACGGGUGCUGCCAUGGCGAUGCCCCCUGACCCCAACAAGGCCUUUAAGAGCGAGUGGGAGGCGUUGGAGAUCAUGGAGCACAAGUGGGCGCUGGAGAACGUGGAGGAGGAUCUAAUGUGCAGAGACCUCAACUUUGGAACCUUCUUCAGCCAGGAUAUCAAGUCCACCAUGUUCUAGAAGGGGUUCUCCUCCUCCAGGGUCUCCACGGUGGUGAAGAGCUGGAUGCAGUCCUGCAUGGGCACGGUGGUGAGCUGCAGAGGAACAUCCAUGCUGCUGUGCUUGAGGUACUUCUGCAGGUGAAGCAGGACAUUGAGGCCAUGACACCUUCACACCUUCACUGCAACACACACACCUCCGCCUCGUUCUCGUUGUAGAAUCUCUUCUUCAUGUCGGCGUCCCAGUCCAGCGCCACGUACGGCUGGGCUGCUCCCAGAAACAAAGACGCAUGUUAGAAAGAGAGAAGGUGGCGUUUCUGCAUUUGCUCCUAAAAAAAUAUCAGGACAAAAAAAAACAGAUUUCAACAUCUGUACAACCAUAACCAUAAGGACAAGUGAUUGUGGCGGGAGUCUGCCUUCGCUGCCUUGUGUGAGCUCCAAGACUUGCAACAUGGAAGGAAAUAAGAACUUUAGUUGGAGGAUCAGGUGUUUUUCCACCACCUAUAAACUGUACACAAACGGUUUGAAGUGACAAAUGUGCCAUCCAAACAAUACCCCGUUUGUUGACAAAAACAUGCAGCCAUGGAAGCACACUCAAUCUAUUUAUUAAGCAGAGCUUCAUAAAUGUCUUAUGCUGCUUAGGCUGCUGCCCCCGUGACCCGACUUCAGGUAAGCAGAAGAAGAUGGAUGUUAAGUCAUAAAAGUACACAAACAUCUUCACAGUGGAUGUUCUCUGUACAUGACAAAGAUUCUUAAAAGUUUUGAAAAUGUUACAUUCUGGUGUAAUUUCCACACAUUUUAUGUGGUUAAAUUCUACAGUUUUAUUCUAUUUUUAUUUUAUUCUACAGUUUUAUUCUGUCAAGUCAAGUCAAGUCAAGUCAGCUCCUUCAUGCUGACUUUGCUGUCCUCUAAUAAGAAUCAAUAGAAGAGAAUCCAAAGUAAAGAGAAGUGUAAACAUCACGUUUUCUAAUUAAUUAUUGAUCAUCAAUCAUGAAGAUGAUGAGUGAGCAGCAUGAACACAUUAAAGUAUUUCAAAUAAC